GGCUCAGCGCCCGCCCCCGCCGCGCUCCGCCCCCGCCGGGCGGCCUGCAGGCGCCGGCCCUGCCUGCCGGGGACCGUGCAACAGCGCAGGGGCCGAUCCGGGGGGCGGAUUGGGGCCGGGGGGCCCUGCCGGUUGAAAAGAUGGGAAAUGCAGAAAGCAAUACCUAUCAGAAUCAUCUUUCCAGAUUUCUUCCUGAGGAGCAGUCUGACAUUGAUGGAGUAUUUGAUACUUUAUCAGGAUGGAGUGGCUCAGCUGGAGCGAAAAAUGGCAAAGCUACAAAGAAAACUGUGACUCUGGCAGCACUACAGGCGUAUAUGCGGGAGCCAUUACCAGAGCAAAUGACUGUUCGGUUAUACAACGGAAUGAAAAGUAUUGACCUGACUGGGAAAUCGUCUGGGCUGAGUGAACCGAUUGCUAAGCAGCAGUUUGUAAUUUUUAUGUCAAACCUCUUAAAAGGGAAUGCAGAUGAGAAGAUUACCAUAAUAAUGAGAAUGAUUUCCAAGACAGAAGGGCCUGUGAAGGGCAAACAAAUCCAAGAGUUCACAGAGGAUCUGAUCGCAUCUGUAGUCCAUGUACUGAGCUACAGGAAAGAACUGAAAGGUUGGAGUUUGGAGAAUACUAGGGAAUCUGCAAGUGGCGUAAAGGCUCUGGCUUCUCAGCUGAUAUCAGAAUUGAAGCUUGCAGAUGGGACAAAACCUGUGGGUCUUCAGCUGAUGGAGACAAGUUUUGAUCAAAGUGUCAUUGAGGACUGGGUUUACCGAAUUCCACAGAUCUCCAUUUUCCUCAGUGUUGUUAUCAGGCAAGGCCUCCAUGUUCUGCAUUCUGUCCCAGACCAAACCAAAGACAUAGUCAACCUGGUUCCAGGCUGCAGAGGCAUCAAAGGAAGAGGACUUGUCAGUCUCUUUGACAUUCCAGCCGUCAUAUACAUCAACUCCCAUCUACCUGCAGAGCUACAGCACAAGUGGCAGCUUAUAUUUUCUUCUAAGCUUCAUGGAGAAAGCUUUUCACAGUUAUGUGGGCAUAUAGUGAACAAAGGACCUUGCAUAGUGAUCUUAAAGGACUUAGAUGGUUAUAUCUUUGGUGGGUUUGCGUCUCACUCCUGGGAGGUGAAGCCACAGUUCCAAGGUGACAACAGAUGCUUUCUGUUUUCUGUUUUCCCCUCUCUUGCUGUAUACACAUACACAGGGUACAAUGACCACUACAUGUAUUUGAACCAUGGCCAACAAACAAUGCCGAAUGGACUUGGUAUGGGUGGACAACACGGAUACUUUGGACUCUGGAUAGACAGUGACUAUGGGAAGGGACACAGUAAAGCAAAACCUCGAUGUACCACCUACAACAGUCCCCAGCUGUCAGCAAAAGAGGAUUUUGCGCUGGAUGCCAUGGAAGUCUGGGCAGUGGGAGACCUCCCUGAAAGCGCAGGGGCCAAAGGUAAGAAGAGUAUUCUGGAUGUAGAUCCUGAGACUCAGGCCUUAUUAGAAAUGGCUGGAAAAAGUCGUCACAGCGAAGGUCUACGAGAACCCAUUGAAGAGGAUGAGGAUGACAAUAAUUAAGGAUUCAAAGUAACAUGAAAAACCUUUUUAUUUUUUGCUCCUCAGUGUUAAUGUUCCUUGGACAGGAUAUGUUUUCUUUACUUUUGUACCUUACCUUUACCUAAUUAUCUGGGAUGAAGCUUAAGCCUCAUACUUACGUAAUAUUUAGGUCCAAUGCAAUAGCCUGCCUGAAGGGUUUUGUUUGGGGAGGACAGAAAAAUUAACUAGGUACUUUAUCAUUAGACAUCUCUAAGUUCUAGCUGAAUAUGAAUUUGCCAGCAUUCCUGAUAGAUCCUCUCUGCAUACAAAAUUAAAAACAACAGAAGUUACUGACAGUAAGGCUUGGAGAAUUUAUAUAUAUUUAUAUAAAGAGUGCUCGAAACACUGAUUAAGGCUCUUAUACCUCAGCUGCGCAUAUUUAUUUGCAUGCAAUGAAAUUAGUCUAUGAAGUCUGCAAAUUGUAAUGAUGUCUUACAUUGGUAAACAUAGAGUAGUCCACGUGAUUCCAAAUGUAGGAUGCUAUUAAUUUGCAUUGCUCCAGUUAAGCAUUAAAUGUCAUGUUUUCUGUCAGAUUUUUAGCAAGUAACUCUAUACGGGCUGUAAGAUGAUCAGAACACUACGUAUACAGCAUCCAGUUUUAUAAUACUACACUACACUUUAGUGCAUUUUACUUAAGAUGUUUCUGCAGAAAUUUGCCUAUUGCUUUUUAAAUUUAGUAGAGCAGAACCAUUGGAAUCAUUUAGCCAUAUUUAUCCUAAGAAUGGGCAAUACCUCCGGCAGAAAUUCCUUAGGGAACUUGCCUUCUUUAGUAGCCUCACUUGAGACUGGAGUAAAAGAUAGGGCUGUAAAAAGGAUUAAGUAAGAAGCAUCCACAGUUAAUUGGGAAUCGUAUCUGCAGAUACCUUGUAAAAAAAAAAAAAAAAAAAUCAGGGUUAUGCCUGUAACACGUUUAAAGACAACUGCUGUACACUUUAUUUCCACGUAAUUAAUCAUUACUAUAUUAUAGGGAAAAAAAAUGCCCGCAAUGUGAAAUGUAGUCAGUUGGGGUUUUUGCUCUGUUUUGUUGGCUGUUUGUCAAUCAGGACCAGUUUUGUCAGGUCUCUUAUACUCAGGGCUUUUUCUACUUGAAUCUGUUCACAUUUAUCAGUAAUUAUUAGUUUAACCUUGCUAAUUCUACAUGUCAUUAACUUGCCAAAAGUUAUCCUAAUUUCUACCAGGGACUUGGAUUUCUAACUCAGCAAAUUGUGUUUGGUUAUUAGUGUGUAUGAUUGUCAGCCUUUCUCUUCCUAAGGGAAAGGACUGUAUCAAAUCUCCUUUGUCUUAGCAUAGGUUUGUCUUCUGUGCAGCUUAGAGAAAAAAAUGUGUUGUAGGUCUGUAAAAUUACUGUGAUUCCUGAUCAUGUGACCUUCCUUCAACUUCUUUCCAUUAAUGUUUUCUUGUAUGGUGCCUUUUUUUUCCCCCCACCCGAUUGUUUUUCAUAGGAAGCCAGAUUUGAAUACUCUGAAUAAUCUGCACUUGUGCCUUAAUGUAGAUCCCAUUUUUAAAAAAAAAUAUUAAACAAUCUGAAUUUAGCCUUGAAAGGAGAGCAUGAAGCAAUUGCUCCAGCCAGACAUCCUAGCACCCAACUGUGCGUUUUGUGUGCUACCUGAGCUAGUAAUUGGGGCAUUUAUGCUAUCUGUUCCAGUACCGAGUAUGCUGUGAAAAGCCUGAGCUAACGUCCUUUUAUCUUGCAUUUGCUUAAAUAAACCAGAUAGUCUGCCAAGUUUGUAACACACAGAAAAAAAUGUAAGCAUUAAAACAAUUACACUGAUACUUUUAUAUAAUUUUCUUCUCUGUAUAUUUUAAUAAGGAUUUUAAAUGGUACAAAGUAGGGAGUGCUAUAUAGACAGCAAGUCAGUACAUGAUGCUCUCUGUAAGCAUGGUGAUGCUGGCUUUUGUUUUAACAUUGUCAAACUCCCACCGUAAGUCUCAGAGAAAUUCUCCGCUUCAGUACUGACUAAACAUACUAGAUACUUGAAGUGGAUGGCAUACAGGAUUGAGACAUAGCUGAAUUUCUGCAGUUACACAUAAAAUAAACAGCUAGACUUCCCUUUCCUUCCAUUACAAGGCAGAGACUUUUCUUUGAGGACUGAAACCAUUUUCAAGGAUUUUAUAAAAAUAGCGAGCAGACCCCUUUGCAGACUGUAUCUGGGGAGGGUGAAUUGCACAAAGCUACUCUUCACCAGAAAUAUUUCAGUGGCCAGCUUUUAUUUGAUUUAAAGUAAGUAUCAGUAUAGCUAGUUCUUUCUAGACUGUGAAUCUGAAAUGUAAUUCAGUUUAACCAUAGUCUUGUGAAGAUCAGCAUAGCAUUUUGAGCUCUGAAAUUGCGUCUUUUGAGAGGUUUGUCUUGGAGACUCUUCAUCUUCAUUUUGAAGUGAAGAUGUUAAGCUGGGGCAAGAAGAAAACUGACACCAUGACGCUUUUAGCAAGUGUAUCAGUGAAGCAUUAUUUACUAGGACACUACUGAUCCAACCACCAGAUGGGAUUAUUCAGCAUUGUUCUUUAAAUGUAAAAGAUUGGCUUGGAAGAGACUCAACUUUCUUUUUUUUCCUGAACCUAAUGAUUAAGCAAUCUGUGCUUAGUGUUCAUGCAUCUAAAAAUGCCCAGAAAGCAUUUGUCAGCAGUGGGCUUAGCUAUGAUCUAAACAUCUCUCAAUCGCUUUUAUGCAGCUGUUGAUCCAACUGCAAAGCUUAACUUCCCUGCUAUGUGCAUGAGUCAUCUUUAUUCUCAUGCGCUUGUGAAAGUGUGUCCCUUCCCCAUUAAAUCCACUCACCACCGUGCAUCAGAUCACGCCAGCCUUCCACUUUGCUCCUGUUAGUCACAUAGGUACAGAAAAAUCACUGCAGUGUUUGGCAGAAGCUGACAGCCGAGGGUGGGCGCUUAGAGCCCUCUACUCUUUGUUUGACAUCUCCCCACAGCUUCCUUGAGUGUCCUGCUGAAUCCAGGCUAGAUAUCUGGGAACCUAGAAACACUAUACGUUGACUAUAAGAAGUGCUAGUGAAGGCAGGUCUUUUCCAUUCUUCUGUUUAAUAUAAAAGGACGGGUCUAAAUCAAGAAUCUCAUUCAGAUACUUGUUACUAACAUUUUUAAAUGUAGAUUUUAUUAAUAAAAAUCAUUUUGAUUUAAAUAAAUAAAAUUUUAGUUUAUGCACAACA